GCAACUGUCUGUCUGUUUGUGGAUGAAUGCACAAAUGGCCCCUAGUGCUCGGGGGUGCCCUCGAUUACCAUUCCAAGCACAGCAGUGCACCUCUGGUCACCCGCGAAAUGGAGCUGGCUCGCUGACGGGGAAAGGUUGAUAGUAUAGUCCACGACUUGUGUGACGCCCGGACCGGAUGACAGAGGGGAUCUAGUGGGGUGUCAGUCUGAUUGAGCCCGCAUAUCACCGGCGGACCUGCUGAGAAAAAGCGAUGCGAACAUCUGACUUCUGCGCGAUCCGAAUUCAGCACCAGCAGUCAGUUGACAGCGCCGUAUCGCUACAAAGGCGUUUUCUCUGCUAUUAAACGGUUCAUGCGGGCCAAAUGCGCAGAGGCAAUCCUCUGUGUUGUAGCUGGAAAGCUGCAGCCUCAAAGCGAUAGCGGGACCUCAUCCACCUGCAGUUUUCUUUUAGAUAGCCAACAUCCAGUGAGAAUUUCCCACCUUGGAAUGUUGCUUUCUAUGGUCAUGGAUUUCUUGAAGGACAUCGGUGGUUUCGAAGGCCAUUCUCACAGACUAUAUUAGGAUCCAGCGCACAUUUUUGGGAGACCUGAGUCCGUUCAAGGAACCACCAUUUACAUUACACAGAAUUCUGUCAAAAUGUUUUGGCGCUCAUAACAGCAUUUGGGGAAGAAUUUACGCGGUAGGCUUACUACCCCAGAUUGAACAGGGCUGAUGCUCCGUCUUCAAGGUAAACUUUAAGCUAUAUUUGUAUAGCCUACCAUACAUUAAAUGCAUCACAUUGCUGUUGAACUCUUUUGGGGAAUCGGCUUUGAAGAAAUACCAUGGGGAGCAGCGGUACGGUUUUUUAGUGCAAUUAGGCUCCCAUCCUCAUUGCUUCUCUCACCGCGGGCUAUCUGAAAAGGUGUGUUAGCCUGACUGGAAAGCCUGAUGGAGACCCUGCUAGUUUACUUGAUGGUCCUUGGCAUGGCUGUAAAGGCCCACAAGGUCCAGUUGUGCCCAAAACGCUGCGUCUGCCAGAUGCUCAACCCCAACCUGGCAACCCUCUGCGACAAGAAGGGCCUCCUCUUUGUCCCGCCAAACAUCGACCGGCACACCGUCGAGAUGCGUCUGGGCGACAACUUCGUCACGAGCAUCAAACAGCGGGACUUUGCCAACAUGACCAAGCUGCAGGACCUGACGUUGUCUCGGAACACCAUCGGUUCCAUCUCGCCUCACGCCUUUAAAGAUCUGGAGAACCUCAGGGCCUUGCACUUGGACAGCAACCGUCUGACGAGGCUCACCAACGACACCUUCAGCGGGAUGUCCAAACUUCACCAUCUCAUUCUUAACAACAACCAACUGAUUCAUAUCCACAUCGGGGCCUUUAAUGAUCUCACGGCUCUAGAGGAGUUAGAUCUGUCCUACAACAACUUAGAAAGCACCCCCUGGGUGGCCAUCCAGAGAAUGACCAGCCUCCACACCCUGGGCUUGGACCACAACAUGCUUAGCUACAUCCCUGAGGGAACUUUCUCCGGCCUGCAGAAGCUCAAACGGCUUGACGUCACCUCCAACAAGCUCCAGAAGCUUCCGCCAGACCCCGUGUUUCAGCGGGCUGGGGUUCUGGCUACGUCAGGAAGCAUGGGUCCGUCGUCAUUUGCGUUGAGUUUUGGGGGGAACCCACUGAGGUGUAACUGUGAGCUACUGUGGCUGAGGAGGCUGAGGAGGGAGGAUGAUCUGGAGACGUGUGCGGCUCCGCAGCACCUGGCUGGGCGGUACUUCUGGACUGUGUCUGAAGAAGAGUUCCUCUGUGAGCCGCCUCUCAUCACCAGACACUCCCAGGAGCUGCGAGCGUUGGAGGGUCAGAGGGUAGCUUUACGCUGUAAGGCCAGGGGCGACCCAGACCCCAUCAUCCACUGGAUUGCGCCAGACGGCCGGCUCAUGUCCAAUUCCUCCCGGGCUGUGGUGCACAGUGACGGAACUCUGGACAUCCUCAUCAGCACUGUGAAGGACUCAGGCUCCUUCACCUGUGUUGCCUCCAACCCGGCCGGGGAGGCCCAACAAACUGUGGACCUGAUGAUCAUCAAACUCCCACACAUCACCAACGGUACUGUGGAGAAGGAACCGAACCCAGGUUCUUCUGAUAUCGCCACGGUAAUGAGGACGGGUGGUGGUGGGGAAGGCGGAGGCAUGGUGCCACUGGGAAACACGAAGACGAGCCAGGAGAAGAAGGUGGUGAUCAGUGAGGCAACGUCUACCUCUGCCCUGGUCAGGUUCAACUUCCAGAGGAGUAUACCGGGCAUCCGAAUGUUCCAGAUCCAAUACAACGGAACCUACGAUGACUCUCUGGUUUACAGAAUGAUCCCUUCGAGCAGUAAGAGUCUCCUGGUGAACAACCUGGCGGCCGGUACACAGUACGAUCUGUGUGUGCUGGCCAUCUACGAUGACCUGGUGACCUCCCUGACUGCCACACGAGUGGUGGGGUGCGUCCGCUUCACCACCGAGCCACAGUACCUCCGCUGCCACUUCAUGCAGUCCCAGUUCCUGGGAGGGACCAUCGUGGUCAUCAUCGGAGGGAUCAUCGUGGCGUCCGUCUUAGCCUUCAUCAUCUUCCUCAUCGUGAGGUACCGAGUGUGUAACCAAGGUGAUGAGGAUAAGGCUUUGGAGAUGGGUGAGAUCCCAUCUCUGAGCAGUGAUGGUCAGCUCCAGGGCUGCGGCGUCCCCAAGGCCAUGUCCAAGUCUCUGUCCAAGCAAAUUCUCCAGCCAGAGAAACCAGAGAAGGAGGACAAGGAGUCUCUGAGGGUGGCCCUUCCUCCUCGUGAGCCGGUCAAGCAGCAGAAACCCCCAGCCCUGACCACCACCACAUCUACCAAGACCUCCAUCCCCGACUGCACUGUCUCUACUUCCGCAGCCAGUCACCCCUGGCACCCUGCCUCCCCCGUCACCCUGAGGCAAAAACGGACCGGUAUCACUGCCACCGGCGGUCCGAAACCCGGAGAAGCCCGCCGAGCCGAAGGCCAGACAGAUGUGCAGUUAGAGAACACAAAUCGGAAUAACUCGUCAGAAGCUAAAAUGGCUGCCGCCUUGGCCGUAGCGGUUCCCAACCUUUCCACAAAAUGGACGCCGGUCGCUAGGCGGCCGCGCCCCCCUGGAGCCUCCUCCCGCCAUUACAUGACGGUACCAGCAGGGGGUGUGAGGGUGAACCGGCGGCACUCUCUGAACGUGGACUCGUACAAGGAGCGCUGCUACGUCAGCCUGGUACAGCAGCAGCAGCCAAAACCUGGCGGGAGUUUACGCUCCAAACGCAGUCUGUCCAUGAGCGGAGAAUUGCCCCCGUUGGAGAGUGCAAUGGCAAACAUAUGCAGAGGCAGAGACAAGCUAUCCCGAUCCGAGUGGCUUCUCGAAAGCACUCUAUGAUCUGGAUUUUACUGGAUUUUACUGGCUUAUAGGUUCUUUGUUUUACUGGAUUGGAUUUGUGGCCGGUCGUGGAGCAAACAGUAACUUUAUGCCUUGUUCAGAGAGUUACUGUGGUAUUUUAUCUGCGAGACCCACAAUUCCUCUUGUAUUUCUGAAGACAAGGCAGCCAAACAGGGUUUUAAAGGGCAAAUGUUUCACAUUUGUUUUUCUACCUAAAAAGCAAAUAUCCUCUCAAAGUCAUCUUUAUAGCGACUUCGGAUAUAACUUUGAUGAAAGGCACAAAAAAAUGCUUAAAGCAACUUCAUGUACAAAAAUGUUAAGUUGUGUAACAUAUAGGCUAACACGAUACACCCGUAAGUCUUCAUAUGGUAUUGAAUGCAGUAAUCUUGGAAGUCUAGCAUAAUUUAGAGAGAGGGUGAGAAAGGGAUGGAUGAUCAUACUUGUUAUAACAUUGCCUGUUACUUAAAGUGAUUACAAUAACUGUGUAGACAAUGAAUGGACAUAUUUCUUGUCAUCAGUUUUACAGACAGUUGGUGACAUGUCUUAAUUAACUUGGCGGCGUUUGGAGGAAUUGUGAAUGUGCAGAACACCCCAGGCGGAGGUGUAGAACAGAAUGUACCCAGGCUGUGUCUGAAAUUGCACCAUAUUCCCUGUAGUGCACUACUUGACCAUGGCUCUGGUCCAAAGUGGUGCACUAUAUAGAAGAGGGUGCAAUUUGGGCCGCAGCCAUCAGUCUAGUGACAGAGCUGGAUCUUUUCAUCAAGCCGCACCAGACACACAGCACAAUGCAGCAUUCAUGGCAACCCGUCUGUGUCGAUUGAGCCUAAUACUGCCCUCCGGUUUGCAUCAAUACAUUUUUAUCACGUAAUUACACACAAAGACUCACGCUCAUAGGAUUCCUGUCACAACUGAUAUGACAGUCUAAACCAACACAGACAGGAUGACAGGCGCAAUUCCGAUACGUCAGCAGGUGGAUGGGGCUCGAUAAAGGAUUGGUGGUCCAUUUUCAUGUUUUUUACUAUUAUUAAGACAUCAUUUGUCAUGUCAGGCCAUGAACCAUUGUACAUUGACUUGUUGGUAAAGAGAAAACGAAAGCUAAACGGUAGGCUGUAUGAGAAGUCGGCUCUUGAUUUUGCUGUUGUUUCUGUUUGAUGUUUACCAGUAUAAAUAAACCAAUGAG